AUGACCAUGUGAGCUGUGGAUUGCAACCACUUUAUUCCUCUGUAAAUUCAAACGGUUAAGCCCGUUGCGCUCCCUUCUUCACGUUAAGUAACAAAUAAUUUUCCCUCUGCUCCUUGUUUCGCGCCGCUUCCUUUGCUUUGCUUUCGUCUUACACUUGUUGAGUAUAUAUAUCAUAACGUCGACUCACAUGCUUUCUUUGCCUUCCGCCGGCGGCCAUCGCCCGUUCGACGAGUUAAGGUCUAAUCGCGUUUCGAUCGGAUUGUGAUUUUCUUUAGCUUCGAAACGUCAAGAGUAAUACUAAGCGGUUAAGACUUGAAGGAAAUUCUGCUGAAAAAAGGAAAUAGACUGUGCCACCGGCAAUGGCGGCGGUUAUAGCUGGAGAUGAUUUGGCAAGGUCAUCGACGGGAAGCAGGAGGAGCUUCGGCAGCCGCCGGAGCUGGACCCAGCCGGAUGUUUUUAACCGGUGUAUGAGGCGGGAAGAGGACGAGGAGGAGCUCCGAUGGGCCGCCAUAGAAAGGUUGCCGACAUAUGACAGGAUGAGGAAAGGGAUGCUGAGACAGGUACUUGAUAAUGGAAAAGUUAUUCAAAAUGAGGUGGAUAUAAGGAAUCUUGGAAUGGAAGAUAAGAAACAGUUGAUGGAUAGCAUACUCAAGGAUGCUGAAGGUGAUAAUGAGAAGUUUCUUAGGAGACUUAGAGACAGGAUUGAUAGGGUGGGGAUUGAGAUCCCAAAGAUUGAAGUCCGGUAUAAGCAUUUAUCAGUGGAGGGUGUUGUGCAUAUAGGGAGCAGAGCUCUUCCUACCCUGUUUUACACUACUCUAAACGCGAUUGAGAACAUUCUUGGUUUGAUUCGGCUUGCUCCAUCAAAAAAGAGAAAAAUCCAGAUUCUUCAAGAUAUCAGUGGAAUCGUCAAACCGUCGAGGAUGACCCUACUGCUUGGUCCCCCAGGUGCUGGGAAAACAACAUUGUUGCUUGCACUUGCUGGGAAACUUGAUCCGAAUUUAAAGGAAAUUGGGAAAAUCACCUACUGUGGUCAUGAAUUGCAUGAGUUCAUUCCUCGGAGAACUUGUGCUUACAUUAGUCAACAUGAUCUUCACAAUGGAGAGAUGACCGUAAGAGAAACAUUCGAUUUCUCUGGACGCUGCUUAGGGGUGGGCACGAGAUAUGAAAUGCUGACAGAACUUUCGAGACGAGAGAAGGAUGCAGGAAUUAAGCCAGAUCCCGAGAUUGAUGCAUUCAUGAAAGCCACAGCAGUGUCAGGCCAAAAAACUAGUUUGGUCACAGAUUACAUUCUCAAGAUACUUGGAUUAGAUAUUUGUGCGGAUAUUAUGGUUGGGGAUGACAUGCGCAGAGGUAUAUCUGGAGGACAAAAGAAGCGUGUGACCACUGGAGAAAUGCUGGUGGGACCAGCAAAGGUCCUUUUAAUGGAUGAAAUAUCAACGGGACUGGACAGUUCCACCACUUUUCAGAUAUGUAGGUUCAUGAGGCAAAUGGUUCAUAUUAUGGAUGUAACCAUGAUCAUUUCUCUUCUGCAGCCAGCACCGGAGACCUUUGAACUCUUUGAUGACAUUAUCUUACUCUCGGAAGGUCAGAUUGUCUAUCAAGGUCCACGCGCAAAUGUCCUUGAAUUCUUUGAAUACAUGGGUUUCAAGUGUCCUGAAAGGAAAGGAGUUGCUGACUUUCUGCAAGAAGUAACUUCCAAGAAGGACCAAGAACAAUAUUGGUGCAAGAGGGAUCAACCUUACGGAUUUAUCUCGGUUCCUGAAUUUGUGCAGGGCUUCGGCUCAUUCCACAUUGGCCAACAACUUGCAUCAGAUCUUAAUGUUCCGUAUGAUAAAUCAAAAGUUCACCCUGCUGCACUGGUGAUGGACAAGUAUGGCAUUUCAAAUUGGGAACUGUUCCGAGCAUGCUUCUCAAGAGAAUGGCUGCUGAUGAAGCGAAGCUCCUUUGUGUAUAUAUUCAAGACGACCCAAAUAACAAUCAUGUCCGUAAUUGCUUUCACGGUGUUCCUAAGGACAAAAAUGAAAGUGGGCACUGUUGCAGACGGACAAAAAUUCUUUGGAGCGCUGUUUUUUAGCCUAAUUAAUGUGAUGUUUAAUGGGAUGGCAGAACUUGCAAUGACAGUUUUCAGGCUUCCGGUCUUCUUCAAACAGAGGGACUGCUUGUUCUUUCCUGCAUGGGCAUUUGGCUUACCUAUAUGGGUCCUUAGAAUCCCAUUAUCGCUCCUGGAAUCAGGGAUAUGGAUUGUGCUAACAUACUAUACAAUUGGUUUUGCUCCUUCUGCUAGAAGGUUCUUCAGACAGUUCCUGGCAUUUUUUAGUGUUCAUCAGAUGGCGCUGUCCCUCUUUCGUUUCAUUGCUGCUAUUGGAAGAACACAAGUUGUUGCAAACACACUUGGAACCUUCACCUUGCUUCUGGUUUUUGUGCUUGGAGGAUUCGUUGUUGCCAAAAAUGACAUUGCACCUGUGAUGAUUUGGGGCUAUUAUGUUUCUCCUAUGAUGUAUGGACAGAAUGCUAUUGUCAUGAAUGAAUUCCUAGAUGAAAGAUGGAGCGCACCCAAUCCAGAUACCAGAAUUGAUGCACCUACAGUUGGCAAAGUACUUUUGAAGUCUAGAGGCUUUUUUACUGAUGACUACUGGUUUUGGAUUUGUAUUGGAGCACUAUUUGCGUUUUCUUUCCUAUUCAACAUCUUAUUUAUUGUCGCACUGAGUUACUUGAAUCCUCUGGGUGAUUCAAAAACUGUCAUCGUUGAUGAAGAUAAGGAGAAGAAGUCGUACUCAGGAAAAUAUCGAACAGAAGGUAUUGAAAUGGAAAUUAAAAGUUCUUCAGAAAGUGUUGGUGCUGCGGGUAGUUCAUCCAAAAGAGGAAUGGUUUUACCCUUCCAACCCCUUUCACUGGCAUUCAACCAUGUGAACUAUUAUGUGGACAUGCCUGCUGAAAUGAAGAAUGAAGGAAUUCAAGAGAAGCGUCUUCAACUGUUACAAGAUGUUAGUGGUUCCUUCAGACCAGGGAUACUAACAGCACUGGUGGGUAUGAGUGGUGCCGGGAAGACUACGUUGAUGGAUGUCCUAGCUGGAAGAAAGACCAGUGGGUACAUUGAAGGAAGUAUUAGCAUCGGUGGCUACCCAAAGAACCAAGAAACAUUUGCUCGUGUCAGUGGUUAUUGCGAACAAAAUGACAUUCAUUCACCAAAUGUUACUGUUUAUGAAUCUCUCUUAUAUUCUGCCUGGCUUCGCCUUUCUAAUGACGUAGAUGCAAAAACAAGAAAGAUGUUCGUUGAAGAAGUUAUGGAGUUGGUUGAGCUAAAUCCGAUAAGAGAUGCCCUAGUUGGACUUCCAGGAGUGAAUGGUCUGUCAACAGAACAAAGGAAGAGGUUGACAAUAGCCGUAGAGUUGGUUGCUAAUCCCUCCAUUAUCUUCAUGGAUGAGCCAACUUCUGGCCUUGAUGCCAGAGCUGCUGCUAUUGUUAUACGUACUGUGAGAAACACUGUGGAUACGGGGAGAACUGUUGUAUGCACAAUUCACCAGCCAAGCAUAGACAUUUUUGAGGCUUUUGAUGAGUUGGUCUUGAUGAAAAGAGGUGGUCAAAUCAUUUAUGCUGGACCCCUUGGUCACUACUCUAACAAGCUUAUAGAAUAUUUUGAGGCUAUUCCCGGUGUUCCUAAGAUCAAGGAUGGAUACAACCCUGCAACAUGGAUGCUUGAUAUUAGUACUCAUUCAAUGGAGUCACAACUGAAUGUGGAUUUUGCAGAAAUUUAUGUCAACUCCUCUCUGUGUCAGAGGAAUCAAGAUCUUAUCAAAGAACUUAGCACUCCAGCACCAGGAACAAAAGAUCUCUACUUCCCAUCCAAAUACUCGCAAUCUUUCCUUGUUCAGUGCAUGGCAUGUUUUUGGAAACAAUAUUGGUCUUACUGGAGAAACCCUCAAUAUAAUGCCAUCCGUUUUUUCUUGACAAUUGUCAUUGGAGUUUUGUUUGGUCUCAUCUUUUGGAACAAAGGGCAAAAGACUACUAAACAGCAAGAUCUAACGAAUCUUUUGGGAGCCAUGUAUGCUGCAGUAUUUUUCCUUGGUGCAAGCAAUGCUUCUUCAGUGCAGCCUAUUGUUUCGAUUGAAAGAACAGUUUUCUACCGUGAAAGAGCUGCGGGAAUGUAUUCUGCACUGCCUUAUGCGUUUGCUCAGGUGGCAAUAGAGGCAAUUUAUGUUGCAAUUCAAUCUAUUAUCUACACUGUUAUCCUUUACUCCAUGAUUGGCUUCGUGUGGAAGGCCGAAAAUUUCUUGUGGUUCAUCUACUUUAUGAUUACAAGCUUCAUGUACUUCACAUUGUAUGGGAUGAUGGUUGUUGCAUUGACUCCGGGCCACCAAAUUGCUGCCAUUGCCAUGUCCUUCUUCGUAUCUUUGUGGAACUUGUUCUCCGGUUUUCUUAUUCCCAGGACUCAAAUACCAAUAUGGUGGAGAUGGUACUACUGGGCUUCUCCUGUGGCUUGGACAUUAUAUGGCCUUGUGGCAUCUCAAGUGGGUGACAAGAAUGUUCUUGUGGAGAUACCUGGAGCUGGUAAUGUGCCAUUGAACGUAUUCCUAAAAGAAAGCAUGGGCUUUGAUCACGACUUUCUUCCUGCUGUUGCUGUGGCCCAUAUUGGCUGGGUUCUCCUUUUCUUCUUUGUGUUUGCAUAUGGCAUCAAGUUCCUUAACUUCCAAAGGAGAUAAACCUGCUACGACACUAAAUGGAUUAGUCUCAUUGGUCUUCAACUGCAGCAGAACAAAUGUAUCUUUUGUUUUUUUUUUUUUUUAAAUUCUCGUGGAAUCUCCGCCUUUUCAUAAAGGUUUGGUUAACACGUGUCAAUAAAUGUUUUCACUUUUUAGUUGCAAUCGCUAGUCUCUCUAUACGUAAAAAUAAAGUUAAUCUUUAAAAUAAGUUCACUUUUAAGUAA